GCUUUCUGCUUUCUUGUAAUUGGCUUAUUUGAUUAUUCUGUGUUAAAACGUAGAUUUGAUAUUAGGCCUUAGGCCUAUGAUUGAUACCUGCAACAAUUUAUUAAACCUAUACGAGACCCGCUCUUUAUGAACAAGGUUUUAAUUUAACGUUGUCAUGAAAACCUUCGAUAAUAUUGAGUUGCCUUUUGGCCCACCUCCUGUACUUCCAGAUGUAACAAAACAACUAGAAGAUUAUUUAUUGAAUCCAGAACGUUUACCGAUCCAUGACUAUAAAGAAUCACAGGUGUUCUGGCCAAGGAAGCCCAAUCCAUCAGCAUUAUACUUCGCUGAACUAUGCCCACCGGCAACAACACUCAAAGUUAUACGAGACCCAAACAGUGGUGAAAUUCUGGAUAUUUGUGAAGUGGAGAAUUUAGAUUCAAAGCAAAAAAAAAUCUCUCGAGAGGACAUUGAUGAUGAUUCUGAACUAGAUGAAUUGUUGAAAGUUCCCACGCUUACAGAUUUUGAUUUUGAAAGCAAUUUUCUUACAAUUCCACCUGGAUUCACACAAGGAUUGGAAUUUGCCGAGGAUGGCUGUACCCCGAUUAGCAGAACUUCUCAUGUCAAUGAUGAAACUCUUCCUGUGGUUGACCUGGUUCAAGAGAAAAGUGUCGUAGAAGAGAAGAACGUAGUUAAUUUAAUAAAUUUAUUGAAUCAAGAGCAGGACAUUCUUGGCCUGUGGAAAGAGCCAGCCAAGGAGCCAGAGCACAUCAACAAUAAAGCUCCCACUAUUGAGCUGAGGAUAUCACAGAAUGAUGAAGAGGAGGAAGGUGUGAUUCCAAAGGAAGCCAAUAUGGGUCCUGUUCUUAACAUCUCGAAGGCAGUGGCAACCAAAGCUGUUGAUAAAACUAAGUGGGCAGAGGAGAUUGACAUCAGCACUCCAGUAACUGACUUCAAGCAGAAAGUGCCUAACCCAGCUUUUACUUGGCCUUUUGAACUUGAUACUUUCCAGAAGCAGGCUAUAUUAAAACUUGAAGAAGGAGAAAACGUGUUUGUGGCUGCUCACACAUCAGCUGGUAAAACAGUAGUGGCAGAGUAUGCCAUUGCCACAUCGUUGCGAUCAAUGCAAAGGGCCAUCUAUACCUCGCCCAUCAAAGCUCUGUCGAACCAAAAGUUCCGAGACUUCAAGAAAGUGUUUGAGGAGGAGCACAAGCUAGGAGAGGUUGGUCUGAUUACAGGAGACUCACAACUCAACCCCAAGGCUGGAUGUCUGAUUAUGACCACAGAGAUCCUCCGCUCUAUGUUGUACAAACGCAACGAGGUCAUCAAUGACUUGUCAUAUGUCAUCUUUGAUGAGGUCCACUAUAUAAAUGAUAAAGAGCGUGGCCAUGUGUGGGAGGAGGUUGUGAUCUUGCUUCCUGCGACAGUCAGCAUUGUGAUGCUUAGUGCCACGGUACCCAACACCAUGGAGUUUGCCAACUGGGUGGGCUGCACCACCAAGCGCAAGGUGUUUGUUAUCAGUACACUCAAGCGACCAGUCCCUCUGCAGCAUCACUUGUACACUGGUACUGGUCGUGCCACACGUAACAACUGCUUUCUAAUUCGAGACGGUGAUGGACCACUUAUUUUAGAAGGGUUGAAGAAAGCAAUCGCCUCUCGGGAAAAGAAGGAGAAAGAGCCAGGACAGGAGGGUGGCCGUGGUGGAGGUAGAGGUGGAAGAGGAGGAGGUGGGUGGCGAGGAGGAGGAGGUGGAGGUGGCAGAGGGGGCAGGGGAGGUGGAAACUCUGGCUACAAGUUCAUGGGACCCAAACAGGAAAAACAACUGUGGGAGGGACUAAUCGAGUUCCUGUCAGAGAGAGACCACACAGGAAAAGACAAACUACCUGUGGUAGCUUUCACAUUGUCUCGCAACAGGUGUGACACCAAUGCGGACCUCUUGUCAAAUGUGGACUUGACUUCAAAAGAAGAGAAACAUUACAUUUAUAAAUUUUUCAAACAAAGUAUAUCAAGAUUAAAAGAAGAGGACCAGAAACUACCGCAAAUCCUCAAACUACAAAAGAUUCUUGAGAAGGGAAUUGGUGUACACCACAGUGGUAUCCUUCCAAUUCUCAAGGAAAUAGUUGAGCUACUCUUUCAAGAAGGAAAAGUUAAGUUGCUAUUUGCAACAGAGACCUUUGCUAUGGGAGUAAACAUGCCAACACGCUCAGUCGUGUUUGACAGUGUGAAAAAGUUUGACGGAACAGGAACACGAGCGCUGCUGCCUGCAGAGUACAUCCAGAUGGCAGGACGAGCAGGUCGCAGAGGCAAAGAUCCUACAGGCACUGUCAUCAUUUUGUGUAAACAAGAUAUACCAGAUGAGCAUGUUCUUAAGUCAAUGAUGUUUGACAAGCCGAUGAAGCUGGAGUCACAGUUCAGGAUGACUUAUGCUAUGAUCCUCAAGAACCUUCAACACAACAUGGAGGCUGACGUCACUGUAGAGAACAUGAUCACCCGCAGCUUCAAGGAGUUCCCUGAAGUUGCCAAGCACUCAACUUACCGGCAGGAACUUGCAGCUUUGAAAAAACUUCAAGAACAAGAAGAAUUUAAAAGAGGUGGUGUGAAAAGACCAGGAGAAGAAAAGCUAGAGCAGUUUUUUGAUGUAGCUUUUGAUUACAUCAGGGAAAACAAUAAAUAUCAAGCGUUGGCGAUGAUCCAAGCCAAGGCAGUGAAGGAGUUGGUGAUUGGUCGCAUGGUGUUGAUAUCUUAUCAGGACCAUGUCUGCAAGUAUGGCAUCGUGGUGGGCAAGACUAGUCCAGACACACCGAAGGCUGUUUACAGAGUCCUAGUCCUGCAAAAUCAGGAUCACCCGGAAAAUCCUGAGCACAGUGAACUGUACUACCAGAUGGUGGCUGUGAUGAAGCCCAAGCAGAGGUUCAUGUGGGACGGUAAGGGAGGCCACACCAUCAUCAAACUACAACCUGUCAACAUCCUCAAACUGACACCAGAGAUCAUCAAGAUUGAUGCGGAAGGAAUCAUCAGAGACUGGGAAAAAAGACAACUUCCAAGGUUUAGAAAUGAUCCUGUUGGACCUUCCUGCAAGUCGGCCAUUCAAGAGUUGGCGUUGUACGGUGAGACUCGCAUCUACGGUAAGUGGCAUGACAUCAAGGAGGACAAGAACCUGGACCUGGCUGAGAUGAGACACGGUCUCUACUGUCUGGAGCAGAUGUUGGAGAACCUGAAACCUACAGAAGUACUCAACCAUCAGCAGUUGUUCUUGGAUGUAUUCUAUCGCAAGGAUCUAGAGAGACAAAUUAGGCAAAUAAAGCACAAAUUGUCCGCCCAGAGUUCAUCUCUAUUCCCAGACUUCCAAAACAAACUCAUGUUCUUACAGGAGUUAAAGUACAUAAAUGCUGAUAAUGUUGUGCAAAUGAAAGGGAAAGUUGCUACAAGCAUGGGUACCAAUGAGCUGAUGAUUACGGAGCUAGUGUUCCGCAAUGUGCUCACCGACAUGCAGCCGACAGAGAUAGCUGCUUUGUUAUCGGGCCUUGUCUUUCAGGCCAAGACAAAAGAAGAACUCAGACCAGACUUUCUGGAAAAGGGAAGAAAAGAAAUUGAAAAGGUGAAUCAAGAAUUGAUCCAGAUGGAGAGAGAGUGUCAUAUAGGCACAUUCGACGAUUCCAGUGAAUUUGAUAAACUUAAUUUUGGGUUACUAGAAGUUGUUUAUGAAUGGGCCUCCAACAAGCCUUUUGCAGAGAUAAUGAAGUUGACAGAUGUGCAGGAAGGAAUCAUAGUCCGAUGUAUACAACAAUUGAGUGAAACUCUGAACUAUGUCAAGGGUGCCGCGGCUCAGGUGGGAGAUCGCAUGCUCGAGAAUAAAAUGGAAGAAGUCAAGGAUCUCAUCAAGAGAGACAUUGUGUUUGCUGCUAGUUUAUAUACUCAGUAACCUAGUUUACCCAAACUGUUCUUAACUUUGUUUGUUCUUAACUUGUUUGUUUGUUACUUUCAAAACUUGUGAUACUGAACUGUACUUAUAUUAUUUAUGGAUAAAGACAAUUCUGAACUAAAUGUUGAACCUUUAAGUAAUUUGUUACAUUCUAUAUUAUUAUGCUUAGGUCGCUUACUAUACGUGAGUGUUCUACAUUUUUACAGUAUUUGCUAAAUAACAAAAGAAUGGUAAAAGUCUUAGUCAGAGGGCAAUAAGUUUUAUACUAAUAUCUUGUGUAAAUAAUGUAAUAUAUUCUUAUUUUACUACUGUUAUCGGUACACAGUUAAAUAAAUUAACUUUGAUUAGAUGUAUAAUUUCUUUAAACCUGUCCAAAGUGCAAGUUCAAAUUAAAACUGAAAGAAAAACAUAUUAAUACUUAACACGUUUGCGGGCCACUCACCGGCGAGUGCUCUAGUUCCUUUCUGCCACGCUGAACGCUCACUGGUGAGUGAUUGCAUCGCCUACAUUCCAUUCAAUAUCUAGGCUGCAGUACACCGGGAAGAACGGGUAUUUUUAUGUCUGUGUUUAGCUAGGAAUAAGAGCUUUAUUGUGGUAUAGGUUGGUAGUAAAUUUCUCCGCAAAAUCCCCUUCUGGCAAGCUUCGAUAUCAACUUGUU